GGCGUGAAGCAAAUGUUGACACAAAUGUUAUUCCUCUUCUACUGAACCAAAGGUUUGUUGACGUUUUCCAAUUUCCCGCUUCUCUUACUUCCGGUUUAAGUGCUUCUUCUUCGAGGCUUUUCUUGCCGCUUACAUCAUUACUUGUUGCAUUAUUGCCAUCUACAGUUUUUUCCUAUUUUUAUACUUUUCGCAAAGAAAUUAAAAUAUCAUGUGCACAUCGAGGACAAGAGACUAUCAAAUGAGAUAUUCUUUCGAUGCACACAUAAAAAACAAGACAAAAACAAUUCCACUGCCCAGGAUUUAAGUGCAGUAUCUCUUUUCACUCUGGCUUAUUACGUUGUUUAUACUGCCACAUAGCGGCGGGAGAAGUUGUUGCAGUAGCAGCGGACAGUAAUGGCGACCAUGAUGCAGACAGUAGCCGGAACGAACAGUAUGCUGCAAUUUAUGAAACUUAUCGGACAACUUAAAAGAGUCCCACGGACCGGCUGGGUGUACAGGAAUGUGAAGAAACCAGAGAGUGUGUCAGACCACAUGUACCGCAUGGCGAUGAUGUCACUGACCAUCACUGAUCCUACAGUGGACAAGGACAGGUGUAUAAAGCUGGCUCUGGUUCACGACAUGGCAGAGUGCAUUGUGGGAGAUAUUGCUCCGUCAGACAACAUCAGUAAAGCAGAGAAACACAGGAGAGAAGAGGAAGCGAUGAGACAGCUAUCAGGUCUUCUGCCAGAGGGGCUCAAACAGGAGAUUUAUGGACUGUGGGAGGAAUAUGAAACCCAGAGCAGUCCGGAGGCCAGGCUGGUGAAACAGUUUGACCUCCUGGAGAUGAUCCUGCAGGCUCAUGAGUAUGAAGAGUUAGAAGGAACGCCCGGAAGACUUCAGGAAUUCUUUGACUCCACCAACGGUCGUUUCCACCACCCAGAUGUGCUCCAGCUGGUCAGCUCUUUGAAUGAAGAAAGAGGAUGUCACAUGACUAAAACUGAUGGCACAAAGAAUUCUGGGAACUCGCAGACCACUGGCGCAGUAUCUUCGCAGCCGCCACACACGACUUCACACACGUCCUGACUGCAACACACACACCAGCACCUCUUUAGUGGAGGGACAGAGAUACUGGACUGGAACACAAACUGUGUGUAAGCACGCAAGACUGCGUCAUAUGACCAGACACGUGAGAGGAUAUGGAAACACUGUAUUUUGGGAAUUUCGAUUGCCAUUGACAGUUGUCUUUUCUGUUUUACCUCAGUGUGUCUGAGCUUGGUUCGGCUGUAAUGGAGGACUUUCAGUUCACUGCUGCAAGGUUUAAUCUAUGCUGUCCUGGAAGGAACAGUAUCAGUAUCUAUCAUCAUCUGUAAUAAAUACACUCUGCCCGGUACUAAUGCAAAAACUGCCGGAUAAUAUAUCAACACAAUAUAGUGAAAUGUUUCUGUAAAUGGAUUGAAAGUGUAAUAAAACCUAUAUAAAUUUCAAGAUGAUGUUCUGACAUUAUCACAUUAUUUACUGCUAAUGUCAAGAGAAAUUUGGGGAACUAUGCCCAACAUCUUCUAUACAUCAAAAGGCUUUAUUGCAUGUUUCAAAUCCACUGACAGACAUUUUGUUUACAUUUUGACAUGUUUUUAAAUAUAUAUUAUCUGGCAGCUAUGACAUAAAAGGGGUUUCCAUAAAAAAAAAAUGACAAUGUUGCUGCAUCAUCAGACUACUGUAGCAGCAUUAUUCCACUUAUGCUGCUAGUGUUAAUGCAUUUUCUCAUUCUGUGAUAUACAGAAUAUGUUAGAAAUCUACAUUGUUGGUAGCGGUAACAUCAACAACAUCCUCAGGAACUUGCAGCUUUGCUGACAAAAGAAAACUGAUUAUUUUAAGUCAAUCAUUUUUUAAACUACCAUAUUAAGAUGUUGCAUAGAGCUUCAGUUGCAAGUUGUUACAUUUAUUACUGUAUGUUUUCAACAGGUUCAGUCACAGUUCUCAGUGUUUAUUGUAAAAACAGUCAUCUGUGAUAUUUGGUUUAAACAAUCUUUAAUAUCAACACAUCAGCCAUAAGAACAGUUAUUUAUAACGGUGUGUAAUUAAUUGUAUGAAUACAGCUGAAUAUGUUCAACACAGCAAUUUUAUUUGAAUGUCACAGUUUAUGUCUUUGGGUUUUAGUUUUAGUGAAAGCUUUUAUAAAAAGGUAUUUAAACUAGUGAUGAGUGCAAUUUGAUUUCAAGCCAACAUUAAUGUACAAAUAUAAACUAUAAAUUGUAAUUCAUUUUCCAAUGGCAGAACAUGCAUUACCUCAGUUAUUUGGUAACAGGUCAGAGCCGACAAUCCUCUCUUGCUAAAAUCUUUCAGUUCUUUGAAUGUUGAAAUUAAUUCAGUAAAUACAUUUCAUGGACAGAUUGAAUUAAACAUGAAGUGAUUCUGGGCAUAUUCUCAAACCACAACAAAGAAAAUAAAAGUCUAGCAGGAGAAAGACAGUAUGAGAAAAAUGACAAAACAGAUUAUAUAUUGAAAGCAGAAUGUUGCUUUGAUGGCAGGUUAUGCAGUGGCCACCGAGACCAAAAGGACACGUGAUAAGAUUUUUUUUUUUUGUCUUGUGUUGCACCAACCUUCUCAUAGUACAAUAACAGCAUGUGCUGGACUUCAGGGUCACAUUACAGCCAAGGAUUGUAUUACAGCUUCUGUACGCAGCAGUUACAGUAUGAUGUUGUAUUAAUGUUAUAUAUUGUGUAUCAGUGACAUAGCAAUAGGCAUCAGAUUUUCUAUCCUGUGAGUCAGCAGGUGACAGAAAAACUUUUGAGUUUUCUGGACGAUUUCAGGUUAAAAUCUCUUUAAUUACAGCUGUAAUCAUUCUUUGCUAAAUCAAGGUUUUCAAAAUAAAGUUCCCUUGUCUAGGCUG